AUGCCUGAUGUGGUGGGCAUCAGUCACACGGCGGUGAGUGAUGGGGAGUGGUGGGAUGGUGGGAGGAGAGGCGGUGGGCGGGAGAGCUACAACAGUGCCUUGAGUGCUGCGGGCAGCAGUGCCAAUGGCUGGGCCACAGCCUGCAGUUUGCUGCUUCAGAUGCGACAUAACGUGAAGUCUGCUCAAUCUGAAGUGAAGGUUGCCAAUGUCGAUGCCGCCUCGUGUGCUCCGAAGGAGUUGGAUCCUGCUUACUUGCGGCAUUGGCUGGCGGAGGCCCAGCAGCCGGCACAGCGGCGAGGCCGAGGCCCCAGACGAAGGCCGGAUGCAAAGGGCCGGUGGAAGUGCAACUCGUGUGGAAGGUGGCUGGAAGCCGCUACUUUCUAUCUUACCGUACAGAAAAGACCCAGAUCCAGGUGCAGGACAUGUCGCAUGCACCAAGCAAGAGAAUACGACAGAAGCCCGCGAGGGAACAUUGUGAACUUAUUGAAGCAUGCGAAGGCGGGUGCCAUCCGACGAGAUCAAGAGUUUUCCUUAACACAUCAGACCAUAGUGAACAUGAUCAGAACUCAAGAAGGACGAUGUGCGUAUUCAGGAGUGCAAAUGGAGAUCACGACUCCAAACAGUCACUGGCGAAUGUCACUGGAGCGAGUAGACAAUAACAAAGGUUACACUCGUGAAAACUGUGUUUUGAUUGCUGCCGAGUUUAAUACCUGGGACCAGAGUCGCAAGCCAGGCGUAGAUCCUACGACAGUUGAGGGAACAGCCCAAUGGUCACGAGCCAAAGUGCAACAGGUGAACAAGCUACGCCUUCAAAACAUUGACUUGACAGAGCUUGAUUCUGACAUUGAGACAGCCAGGAAAAAGCCAUGCACAACAAAGAAACUGCCGCCGCCCAGCAAAGCAGAUGGGGGAGAUGGUCGGCUUGUUUGGUGUAUUCGCUGCCUGAAUUGGCAGGAGCGUGCGUGCUUCUCACGCCAAGCUAAAAAGAAGAAUGGACUGCGCAGCUAUUGUAGACGAUGUGACAAAGAGCUUCAACACAUGCGCAUUAGCACUCUACGCGGCCAUUUAAGUAACCUCUGUUGCUUGGCGAGACGUCGGGACCAGAAGUGUUCACUAGAUUUGUCGAUGUUGCUGAAGAUGCUCAAGCAGCAGGAGGGACGGUGUUACUACUCUGGAAUUCCUUUGCAGUAUAAGAAGGUCCACGCUGAUUGGCGGCUCUCCCUUGAACGGCUGGACAACGCAUUGGGAUACACAAAGGAGAACACGGUUCUCGUUUGUGCGGAAUUCAAUACCCCUGAUAACAGUCGCAACAAGGCUGUUGAAGAAGUAUUUGGGACGGCACAGUGGUCACGGGCGAAGGUCGAGCACGUGUGGGGAUGCUUGAAGGACUUGCAAGAGACCAGCAUCUCUUCAGCAGCCCAUGCAGUGCCGGAGCGUUCUAUUCUUUGCAAACCAGAGAGUCCUUCAAGAGUGGCCUGA